AUGGUUCCCAUGCCUAAAAAUUUAAAUGCGGCAUCUAAAAAUGAAAUAAUGGAUUUUUUGUCAUCAUUCAACACUGUUUUAGCAGAUUGUGAUGGAGUGUUAUGGAUAUUUAGAAACGUGAUUGAAAAUUCACAACACACAAUUAAUAAAUUUAUGGAAAAGGGUAAAUCAGUGUUUUAUGUCACUAAUAAUAAUACUUUAACAAGGGAAGAAUUUGUUGAAAAAUUUCACAAGCUAGGUUUUAAUGCAACCAAAGAAAAUGUUAUAUGCACCUCUUAUUUAGCAGCAGAAUAUGUAAAAAGUUUAAAUUUAAAUAAAAAAGUUUAUUUAAUUGGUAAUCCAGCGAUUGUCAAAGAAUUUGGCAAAGCAGGAAUUAGACAUACCGAAAUUGGGCCUGAUGUAAUAGAUUCAAAUUUAGAAAAUUAUGUCAAUACAAAACUUAAAAUAGAACCAGAUGUGGGAGCUGUUGUUAUUGGUUUCGAUGAACAUUUUUCAUACCCAAAGAUUUUAAAAGCGGCUACAUAUUUAAGCGAUCCUGAUUGUCAUUUUAUUGCAACAUGUGCUGAUGAGUGUCUUCCAGUUAAAAAAGAUAUGGGAAUAAAUAAUGUUUUUCCAGGUUCUGGAGCUUUCGUAAGUUGCUUAGAAGCAGUGUCCGGAAGAAAGGCAUUUAUUUUAGGAAAACCGAACAAAUAUAUGUUACAAGAUAUUAUAAAAGUUCAUAAUAUUGAUCCGAGUAAAACUUUAAUGAUAGGUGACAGAUGCAAUACUGAUAUUCUUUUUGGCAAUAAAUGUGGUUUUAUGACAUUAUUGGUGCUAACUGGUGUAACUACAGUAUCCGAUAUUGAAAAGUAUGCUGCAUCCAAUGACCCGAAUAUUAAUUCAUUAGUACCACAAUUUUACAUUCAGAAAUUAGGUGAUUUGUUGCCCCAUGUUGAGGCAUUGUAA